GUUACGUUUUUAUCUGGAUGUUUUUCUUUUGCGUGCCAAAAAUCUCUCCGCGUGUAGUUUAGGGUUCAGUUCGUGCUUUUACUUUACCCUCUAAAUACAACGCAAAAGGGCCACGUGGACAUGAAGACAUUCCAGGUCCUGUAUGGGCUCCUGCUGACGGCCGCAGCAGCUGACGGUCAGUCGUUCCACCCUGGCCGAUGCCCCCGACCAUCAGUGCAGGAGGACUUCAACGUUACAAAGUACAUGGGCACCUGGUAUGAGAUCGAGAAGCUCCCGGCUGUGUUUGAGAGAGGAAAGUGUAACCAAGCCACGUACAGCCCUCUGGCUGACGGGACGGUCAAGGUUCACAAUGCAGAGCUACUGUCUAAUGGGAAGAUAAAUUCAAUCGAGGGUGUUGCCAAAGUUAGAAACGCAUCUCAACCUGCUAUCCUGGAUGUCAGCUUCUUUAAAGGUGUUCCAGAUGCUCCCUACUGGGUCCUCUCCACAGACUACCACUCGUACUCUCUGGUCUACUCUUGCUCUAACUACUUCGGCCUUUUCCACGUCGACUUCGCCUGGAUCCUGGCUCGCACCCGGGUGUUAACCGAAGAGGUCAUCAGCGAGUUACAUGAUCAGCUGGCGGCUGCUGGCGUAAACUUGAGCCGCCUCACAGUCAGCGAUCAGACUGGGUGUGAUGUCAUGACCUGAGGCGCCAUCAGCAAAAUGGGGGAGGAAAAAAAAAGGGGGAAACAAACCGAAGCUGAAUACUUUGAACUGUGGUGGAAACUCCAAGUACUUUUUGUUGAUGUCGUACGUUCAGCUGUUUCUACGCAGUCAGCAGAAUUACACAAGACAGCAGUAAUGUGGUUUCACAUCUUACCGUUUUAAGAUUGAGCAUUAAAGAUUCAUGAAUGUGGCCAUAUGACCGCUUUGUCAGUGCUUUAUCAAUUAUCAGUUUCUAUUUCAUAAUUGCAACAUUUCUAUCUCAUAAUUAUGACUAUUUACCUCAUAAUUUUUACUUUCUAUCUCAUUUCAACUUUCUAGUUCUUAACUUUGACUUUUAAUCUCAUAAUUUCUAUUUUUGAUCUCAUAAUUCUGACUUUUUUUCUCACAUUUUUUGUAAUUAUGACUUCUUAGCUGAUAAAUUCAAAUUUCUAUUUCAUAAUUAGGAGGUUUUAUCG